CCUUGGUAACAAUGGAGCAGAAAAUGGCCGCCUGAGAGGGGAGGGAGGGCGACGCUGCUGCUAUUUGGGCACCGACGGAGCGGGGCGAGUCAGGACCGAACCCGCUCAGGAGCGGGGAUAGCAGAGGACCGAGAGCUGGGGAAGCGGCGGCGGGUGGCGGCGGCGGGAGGUGUUCUUCCACCCAUCAAGAUGGAAAGCUCAGAUUCUAGUGAUAAAGGCAAUAUUGAUCAGUCAGAAGCACAACGUCAGAGCCAGCUAGAUAGGCUGGAUCGAGAAGAAGCUUUCUAUCAGUUUGUAAACAACUUGAGCGAAGAGGACUACAGGCUUAUGAGAGACAACAAUUUGCUAGGAACACCAGGUGAAAUUACUGAAGAAGAGUUGCUGAGAAGGCUACACCAAGUUAAAGAAGGUCCACCACAGCAAAACAGUGAUGAGAAUAGAGGUGCAGAGUCCGCAGAAGAUGUUUCAAAUGGAGAUUCUAUCAUAGACUGGCUUAAUUCAGUCCGACAGACUGGAAAUACAACACGAAGUGGGCAACGAGGAAACCAGUCCUGGAGAGCAGUGAGCCGGACUAACCCAAAUAGUGGCGACUUCAGAUUCAGUUUGGAAAUCAAUGUCAACCGUAAUAAUGGGAACACGAAUCCAGAAACUGAGAACGAGCCAUCUGUGGAGCCUUCUGGUGGGGAGGAUAUGGAAAACAGACAAAGUGACUCGGUGAUUCAGACCUUGGAAAUUCCAACUGAGGAAGAUUCUCCUCCUAGAGGGCAGAGGAGAGCCAGAAGUAGGAGUCCAGAACAGCGGAGAACGCGGGCUAGGACUGAUAGAAGUAGGUCACCUAUUAACCCAGUAAGUGAAGCUCCUCGCAGGUCUCAUCACAACACAUCAUCUCAAACACUUGACCCCUCCUCGGCCAAUGAAGCUGAGGGAAGCUCUAGAACUAGGCAGCAUGUGACAGUAAGGCAGCACACAGUGGGGACUGAGGUGCCAAGUGAGAACGCUGUUCUCUUUUCGACCCCUGAAACAAGACCUGCUCCUCAAGCUGCAGGUUCUUCGGAAACCAACGGCAGCAGUGAGUCCGCAACUCCUGGACAGAGGCCUCCUACCAUAGUGCUUGAUCUUCAGGUGAGAAGAGUUCGUCCAGGGGAGUAUCGGCAAAGAGACAGCAUAGCCAACAGAACUCGAUCCAGGUCCCAGACCCCCAACAACACAGUCACUUACGAAAGUGAGCGGGGAGGCUUCAGGCGCACCUUUUCCCGUUCGGAGCGGGCUGGAGUGAGAACUUACGUCAGCACCAUUAGGAUUCCAAUCCGUAGGAUCCUAAACACAGGCUUGAGCGAGACUACAUCAGUUGCUAUUCAGACUAUGCUGAGGCAGAUCAUGACAGGCUUUGGAGAGCUGAGCUACUUCAUGUAUAGUGAUAGUGAUGCAGAUCCUAAUGGCCCAGCUCCAAACCAGAACGUGGAUGCUUCGGAGCCACAGAACGGCGGUGGUGGGACUUCCAGCAAUGAAGGUACGGAUGUUAGCUCAGGGGAGGCGUAUGAAGGUGGUAACGAAGGUGGCUCAACCUCUGGUGCCAGACGGGAAGGUCGGAAUACAAGGGGAUCGGUCACUUUUGAAGAAAGUGGUUCUCUACCAUUCCUUAGCCUAGCACAGUUUUUCCUACUCAACGAAGAUGAUGAUGACCAACCAAGAGGACUCACCAAAGAACAAAUUGACAACCUAGCUAUGAGGAAUUUUGGUGAAAGCGAUGCUCUGAAAACCUGUAGUGUCUGUAUUACAGAGUACACGGAAGGCAACAAGCUCCGUAAGCUGCCUUGUUCGCAUGAGUAUCAUGUCCACUGCAUCGACCGCUGGUUAUCAGAAAAUUCCACUUGUCCCAUUUGUCGCAGAGCAGUCUUAGCUUCUGGGAACAGAGAGAGCGUUGUCUAAACGAGCUCUGAAUUGAUGGCCAAGCAGCUAGUGUGAUAGUGAUGGGCAAAGAAGUCACUUCCUUUAUGGCCACUUUUUGAGUGGUACCUCACUGUAUAAUAAUGACUCGGAGCGAAUCUUCCCUCAUGAAAGAAUUUUCUCUGGAUUAUUCAAGCUUUUCAAAUUGGAGAAUUUCUUUAAUUAGAGUUUUCAAGAUCUAGUCAGUUUGGGUGUUAAAUUUCACUUCUCCAAAGACAUCUACUCACUCAAAAAUAUUUUUAUUGGGUUUUUUUUCUUUGCAAAGAAGUUCUUUUCUCCCACCCAGCCCCUCCCAUCCCAGUCCAAUAACCAUUUUGUCCUCAAGAUUGUGCUUACAAGGAGCUGUUAGAGAAAUCAUCCCUGCUCAGUGUCCAUGAGCUGUAAGAGGAAUUUUUGCAAGGAAUCCAACUCUCUGAAAAAAAGAAAAUGAACUAGAUUGCACACUUGGAACAUACUUUUAAUUUCCAUACUGGGUUAAUAUUGGACAUGCCUGUGUAAAUAACACUAAUGUUAGCCCUUUCCCCAUCACUAUGGCACGCUGUAGGAUGAGCUGGUAGCUUCAUUGGGAUAUUUAUCUUGUUGUGGAAAUACUAAGAAUUGCCUAUGCUUGUUUAAAUAAAAAUCAAAACAAACAAAAAACCAAAUCUGUUUUAAAAUUGUAAAGCUUUUUUGUAGAAGCUAAGUACUUUUCCAAUGCACUGUUGUACUAACGCAUUAAGAAUUAAAAUUGUACCAUGCUUAGAAAUCAAGAAUGCUUUUCAUACAGACCCCACCACCCAGAGGCCAAACUAAACCCCAGAGAGCUGCUUAUGUACCUGUGGCCCUGUCAGGAGCAGUGUGUAUCUGUACUGUUUGUGUGAGCAGCUACUGUAAUAUAAAGCCAGUUGAAUUAGACAGUUGCAUUAAAUUCCAGAAGUGUUCCAGUUGCAGUGUUUUGGCUCAGUGGUGCCACCAAAAAAAGCUGAUAAAAAGUAGAAACUGUUCCAACAGCUGGUUAUUUGUUGAGGUGGUUGCUAAUACAGCACAAACCAGUGUGUACCAGUUCAUUCACUGAGAUUUAUGCCCAAGUUUUCUCUCAGCCUUCAGCUUCUGAGGCAGCUCUGUGUAACUUCAGCACACAAGUACUGACUGGUUGUUUUUCUUCCCUGACAACAAUAUUAGUAACCUCUGUGGAGUGAAUGUGCUGCUAGACUCAGAGUUGGUAGCCUGGGACUCAGGUGCCACAGAAAAAUAUCUUAGGUAUGAACUGGGAAACAGAUGAUUGAGUUAAAUUUGAAAAUAGUAAUUAUGAGAAUACUCUUAAAUGUGUAACCCAUUCUAACAAUACUAUUAAACCCCAGCAAACUUUUUAUCCUCUUAGUAGGCAGGUUAAAAUGGGUUGAAGUUACUUACAGAAUUGUGUGGAGUAUUAAGAUUUGGAGAACAUAGCUCAGUUCUCAGCAGUGUCGGGGAAAACAUCCAUUGCACUCAGCGACCUUGUCUUUGGUUUAUUCUCUAAUGAUUAUUCCUUUCCUAGCUGACCUGUGCAGCAGGGAGAACAGUAUUUGUUUCCACUCCAGGGCAGUAGUUCCAAAGGGAUAUGACCUGCUCUUGCUGGUUCUAAGGGAAGUGUUUCUUGUUCAGAUGACAAAAGAAAGCUAGACUGUCUUUUUCUCCUGAUCAAAACACGUUUUUGGUGUUUUAUAGUAGUGGCUGCUUAAACUAUAAUCUCUGCUCUAAGCCAUUUUAACAUCUCAGGUAGUUAAGGAUUCCACACUGUCCCAGAAUUCCCAGUUUUCUUCUGCAUGUGCAUUUUGUGGUCUUUGGUUUGGCAGGAAACCCUGACUGGCUCUGGAGCUUGCUCUCCUGCUGGUGGGACAUGCUGUUGUGGCCAAGGGGAUAUAUGUCUUUUUGAAGAGCAAAACAAAUUAGCUCAUGUUUUUCAGUAUUUCCCUCUGACAUCAUCAGCCUAAGGUGGAAGUUGGUGCUGGGCUCCCUAUGCCAAAGUUUCCUCAACAAAAGAACACUUUUAAUUUCUUCCAGUAGCAUUAACACAGCAAAUAUUAUCAAGUGUGUUCCCAGUAACUAUACUGACUUACUGGAGCACCGAGUCAGAAGGAGAAGACUCCUUUCUCUGUUAAUCCUGUGUUAGAUUUGAAAAUGGGAAUUUGAGGACUAAAGCACCAGCCCACUGGUGCCGAUUGGUGUGGAGCAUGGCUGUGCUGUGUCACUUAACAUCGCGUUCUUUGUUAUGUUCUGAUUUCCCAGUAACUGUUCACCUUUCCAGUUCUGUUCUAGUUUGAUAGUGGCAUGCCUUAACCUUUUAUGUAAAAACAGCAACUAAUAAAAUGUUGGAGGCUUCCCAAAUGGUACCAAGAGCAAAUGCUUUCACCUCAGUUCAGGAGACUGUGACUGUCAGUGCUUUUAUAUGCCUUCUCUAAUGCCAGGUGUGCUAAAGGUGCUGGAGUUCAUAGUCUGAAGUCUGGAAGAGCUGGCACAAAUUAAUCUGCUGAUACAGCAGAGACUUCUUCAUGUAGCUGAGUCAUCUGUCAGCCACUGUGGUAAUUCAUCUGUUCUACUGAGGUUAGGUUGGAGUUGGGAAAAGCCAGUAUUAGCACUUCAGUUGCUAACAAAGUAUGACAAGCUCGUAAUUUAGCAGCAUUUGUGAUUAACCUAAUUUGCAGUUUAUGAAUCAGUCUGAUAUUGAGCACUUGCACUUACCAUAUCUCUCAGUUUAUGCUUUCUUGGUGUUACAGGAGAGUUACAGCCUCUUACCUCCUGUUGGUAGCAGCGUGAUGGGUUGAAAGAGCUUGUUUUUGGCAUUUUCGGAGGCGUGAUGGCAUGGAAAUAGUGAGUCUGGAGAGGCAGAGGAAGCCUGGUUGCAUCAGCUGCCUGGUCCACAGUGCCACCGUGUGGGAGCCUCAAACCCGGGCUCAGUCUCCUUGUUUGGGUUCCUCUGCAUUACAGGCGGUAGCACUCUUUUCUUUUUGAAGAUCUCUGUUGCCUGCCUUGGUAGUUGCCCUGGUGCUUAUUCAAGUUCUGAGCCACCCAGGCUUCUGCUGUGAGUCCCUCUCUGUUGCGUGAGCUUCAUUCAGAACAGACCUGUACACAGGUACCACAGCAAGUAAAGCAGUCGGGAGGCCAACGCCCGGGAGCAGGCACACUGUUUUUGGUUGAAGAGUGUGUUUGGAGUUUCACUCGGCUGAUGAACCAGUAGAGAGUCGUAGGUGCUUACUUUUGUUUUUAAUUGGGACUUCUGUCUGUUACAAACUGAGGAGUUAGUCCUGAGAUUUGUCAGAUUGCAUUUUUGCAUGGCACUUUUAGUUCUCUGAACAAGCUGGGGAGUUUGCACAGAACUUGUAGGCAUUUUUUCCAGUGGUUUGUCUAGGGUAGGUGCUGCAUGCCUGGGAAUGACUCGGUGUGAGGAUGCUUUGUAAGCAGCGUUGAUGUGCAGCACAGCAGCUGCAUGGCUGUGGCACUGCACCACUUUUUCAGGAGCCAUAAUUGUCCAUUGUGUGGGCUUGUAGACAAAUGGAUUUCCCACCAAAGUGGGCACAAUGGGCCAUAAUGACUUGUCACUCUAGUUUCCUGUCACUUGUCUGCGUUAUGCAAAUGUGGAGAGUCCCAACAAACAGUUGUCGUGUUCUGUCUGCAGCCUGGAAAUGGUUGCCUGCACCAAGAGAAGGUUCCCAGUGGUCUCAUGAUAAUGAGGGUCUAACGUGAAGAUAAGAAAGGAAAGUUGCUGAGGCUGCCCCAUCGGUCUCUGACUUAGAGCAGUGUGGUGAAGGGUUUUGUGACUUUCACAGAGUGAUCUGCAAAUACAAAGCUCCAUCCUGUUGGCUCAGCCACAGCCUUCUCUUUAGUUCAGGAUCCUUUCCUUUAAUUCAUGUCUCGCCGCUCAUCCUUUCCCAUGCCGUGGUGGCUCACGUUCCCUGAGUAUGGGUCUGUCAGCAAGUGUGAAGCUAAUGGGUCAUGGAAAUUUCUCCUGCUCCUUUGCCUCCACCCAGGAGGAGGUGCUUUGAAUGAGGACUGGCUUAGUGCUGUGCUAAGGGCAUAUAUAAGAAAUUCAGAAAUACUCCCAAGCCUUAGGUACACCAGCUCUUUUCUUUGCUUAUCCUUGAUGAAGGAUGGAAGAGGCAGAAUCACUCUUCGCUUCCCCAGAGUACAUGGAAAUUGUCUUGUGUUAAAAAAGAAGGGAAGUUUGCAUCUGUUAUAGCAGGGCUUCCCAGCCUCCCUUUGGCGUGAGGUAUCUCUAUUUUUCUUUUUUUCUUUUUUUUUUUCCCCCCUCCUGAUUAAAAAUAGCAUUGCAUUUGGUUUGGUUUAUCUGGUUUUGUUCCCUGAAGCUAGAACACCCAAGACUCUUUCCUGAAUGUUGCUACCUGAUAGUAAGGUGUUGGUUGGGAAGCCUUGAAUUCAACUGAGAAUGUAACUAAAUUUUUUUUUUUCUUUUUGUACAGUGCUUUGCAUCUGUUUAUACAGGACUUGUUUAAUCCAAAAUGGUACUUUGAGCUCAUUGGGCAACAGUUUGAGCCAACUUGAUAGUUAACAUUUAGGAGGAGUUUGUUCCCUAUGUAAGAUGUCAUAAUGCAAAUGGAAAUAGACUCAAUAAAAUGCAUGAAGUGGUUGUUUUGUUCUUGAGCAUCACUCCAUGGGGAUUGUUCUUGCAGUGGGAAUGCACUGAGCAAACGGUGGUGGAUGUGGUAGGACUCUCUUGCCUUUCCUGGUGAGGCUGGGUAGAAAUGGAAGAGCAGAAUGAUUUAGAGUUAAUUUCUUGGGAGAAUUUAUUGCUCCUUUGUACACAAAGCUGAGACAGUAAAUGUCAUGAUGCCCCAGACUUGUGUAAACCUGUCAGUGGAUAAUGUGGGAUACCAAAGCAGUGUCUGCAAGUUGUCUGUCAAGGGGUAGCUGUGACUUUUGGGGGUGCCUGUCUGUAGCAGUGCCUGUUGAUUGAGGCUCUGGGGGCUGUUUCCCCAGAAACAUCCCUUGCAGUGCUCAGCGGCUUUCACGAGCGGCUCUUACAUACGGCUAAAAGCUUGGUCCUAAAAUUAGUAGCUGAUGUACGUGCAAAUACUUAGCUGAGUGGGAAGGACAUUUUUUAGGGCGUGGGAAGCUUUAUUAUCUUUAUUAUGUGCACUUCUCUCACCUCCAUUCCUCGAGUAGGAAGUGGGAGCUGCUCCAAGAGCGAGGUGCUGACAUGGAAACAAAAGAGGGGGUUGGGUUACAACAUGCGGUGCCUGGGCCGGUGCUUGGCACUGCUGGGAGUGAUGCUGCUGUUCGGUGUGGAGGGAAGUGUGGGGCUUCUCUAGAGGUUCAGCUCCACUCUCCACAGUGAGAGCUCUGGGAUAAGAGUGUCUUUCCCCCAAAUCCCACAUGCUUUGUGUUCAGCUCCAUGAUCUCUUCUGCUUUGCAGGUGUCCAGCUCGGGCUGAAAGUGAGUCUGUAACAGGCGUUGGCUUUUAUUUCAGUGAUCUCAUUCACAAGGUGGUUCCCACACUUGCUAUACCAGGAACUCUUUGCCGGCUCCAGCCCCACAUCUGCCUGUUGGAAGUUCAUCAGUUUGGGCAGCCCUGUAUUUUUUUUCUGUUCCUUACAAAUUAUCCAUCAACUCCCAAAUGGCUUUGAGUCCAAAGGCUUGGAGAGCACGUGUGGCUGACUUCACCCCCAAGUUUGUUUUCCAUAACACAUCUGAGGUCUCUGUUCUGACCUGUAAAACUUUAUAUAACCUCGUUCCUCCCUCUCAGUGCUUAAACCCUGUAACCUUUUGCAUUGUCCUACUCCUACCUUCAGGGUACAUUUCCAUGGCAGAUCCAGACCUUCACAGGGGUGUGUGUUUGUCUGUUUUGCUGCUGCUGCUUGGUGGGAGGAGAAAGGUUGUGUUUGGCAAACCUGUCCAUGCCAGAGCAAUGGAGCUGAGGAAUAACUGGGUGGUCAGGGGCUUCUCACCUCCAGAAGGGCUCUUUUGACUGCGCCUUUGUGGGAUCAAGUAGAAAUAGAGAGGAAAUAGAGAAAAGCAAAGUUUGGCUGCUGCUUGCUUGCCUUUUCCAGCUAUUUCAAAGUGUGAUUGAACCUGGUUUUGGGGCUUUUAUUGUACCUGUUUUGGGGGUUUUAUUAUAAUUAAUCUAAACUCAGCUCUGUUGUAGUUCCUUAAAUCCUUACAAUAAAGUGAUGCAGAAGAAAACCCCACUUUUUAGUCUUAAACUGGAGGGGCAUUGUCUGUGAUGCUAAUGAGAUGCUGCAUGCUCCAAAUGUUCCCCUGAAUAAAUCCCCUGUUAAGCCAAGCAUGUGAAAAUCCAGACGUCAAGUCCCCUCAGCAAUGAUUACUUCAUGAAUGUCAUGCUGUAUUUCCUGAGGGGCUCUCAAUCUUGGGCACCCAGUGCCAGCAGGGUUCUGGGGUUUCCAGGAAAAAGUUGCAGGUUGGAUUGGGCUUUGAGCAGCCUGGUCUAGCAGGAGGUAUCCCUGGUCAUGGUAGGGGAUUUGAACUAGAUGAUCUUUAAGGUUACUUCCAAUCCAAACCAUCCUGUGCUUCUGUGAUCCUUACGAUAGUGUGGUGUGGACUGUGGUGUGCUCCCUGUGGCAGCCUGGAGAGCAGUGCCUUGUGUAAUACCAGGAGAGGAGACUGCUGGGCUCCUGGUUGCCAACAGAGAUAAUUUUUUUGCACUGGUUUGAUUUCUUGAUGUGAAUUUGCAGAAUAUGAUUCUCCAUGUAGAAAGAGAAGGCUCCAGGGAGACCUUAGAGCAGCCUUCCAGUAUUUGAAAGGGACUACAGCAGAGCUGGAGAGGAACUUGUUAUUAGGACGUGGAGUGACAGGAUAAGGGGUUAUGGCUGCAAACUGGAAGCAGCUGGGUCUGGAUUAGACAUUAGGAAGAAAUUAUUCCUUGUGAGGUUGUUGGAACACAGGAACAGGCUGUCCACAGAUGUUGUGGAGGCUCCAAACCUGGAGGUGUUCAAAGCCAUGUUGGAUGGGGCCUUGAGCAACUUGGUUUAGUAAGAAGUGUUGCUGCCCAUGGCAAGGGGGUUGGAACAUGAUGAUCUUUAAGGUCCCUUCCAAACCAAACCAUUCUGUGACUCCAUGAAAGUUUGGGUCUGGUGGUUUUAUACUCUGGAGCAGCAGCUUUGCUCAUUGUGAUGGGUCUUGUAUGAAAUGCCAUGAAGCAAAAAGUGCCUGGCUUGGUUUCUUGGCUUUAAUACUUGCUCUAAGUCUUUAAUAGCAGUGAAACACCCUCAGCAACACCCCAGGCCAAACCCCCAUAUGUUGCCCCAUGUCUGCAAAGCCAGAGCUUGCCUGCAGGCUGGCUGGUGGGUUUGCUGGUCCUGGAGGGUGUUAUGGGUGUGAAAUCUCUUGAAAUUAAGUAAUGUUUAGAGUCCACAGGCUUCAUCUCCUGACCUCAGAGCAGGGAUCAGUACUGAGGUAUGAACAGAGGUGGAACACCUGCAUCCCUGCCCUGAGCAUCACUCUGCCAGCUGAGGUAAGGGCAACACCCAGCAGGUGAAAGGCAGGAAAAUACAGUGGAAAAAAUAAGUUUAAUCUCUGUAGAUACUGCUGACUACUAAAUAAACUAAAUAAAUACUAAAUAAACUUGGAA